AUGGCUCACUGCGAGCGGGCUUCUAAGCCCCUGCUGCAAUGUCUUCGCAGUACUUACUCUAGAAGCAUCGCUGGUGUUCAACUCCAGACGCGAGCUUUCCAGUCGACUGCCAACGUUCGCGAGGCCGAAACCGAAGCACCGAGCCAACCUUUCCACAAGGCACCCGAUCCUUCUCUUGUGACGAGUCCCCGCCUUGAAAGACGGUUAUUGAGACAGGGAACUACUCCCAUUGGAUCUCGUCGUCGCCGUGCUGCGCUCCAGGCUGCCGACAGCAUUCCAUUCGAACAAUUGCCCUACCAAUGUUUCCAAGAAGCCCGGAAGGUCCUGCUCGCCGACCGCGAGGAAAAGUUGAAGGAAAUUGAGACAAUGCAGCAGCGUCUCGCUAGACAAGAGUCUCUCUCCGAUGAAGAGGCCGGAGGAGCAAAGGCGAAGAAGUCCCGGGUGACGGCGAUGCAAUUACACUUGGAGCGUCUCAAGAUCUUGGCCGAUAUUAACGAUCCUUCGGUGAAGCGCAAGUUCGAAGAUAAUGAAGGCGACAUGUCCAAACCUAUCUACCGCUUUUUGGCAGACCGCAAAUGGCGCGAGUACCGCCGCAAGAUUCUUGUCCAGCGUAUCACACAAAUGAACGUCAUUCCGGAUGUUCUCCCUCACUGCGACCCAGUGGUAGACACCAAGCUUUACUUCGGCAAGCGACAGAUCCAAGCCGGUGAAUUCGUCGAGGCGAGGCAGAGCACAACUGCCCCGAAACUCGACGUGCAGCUUUUCGAGGGUGGUGAGAAGCUUGUCACCAUCGCUGUCGUUGAUCCCGAUGUCCCGAAUGUUGAGCAAAACAGCUUCGAUUAUAAGACCCACUUCCUAGCCGUCAACAUUCCCAUCUCGGCUACUUCGACUAAGGUUGACCUCGCCCAGCUUUUGGAGGAUUCUCAGGUCGUUCUUCCUUGGCUACCACCCGUCGCCCAGAAGGGUAGUCCCUACCACCGUCUUUCUGUCUUCAUCAUGGAGCAGAAGAACUCCGAGCCGCUCGACUUUGCUGCAGUAAAGGCAAAGGAGACCAGCCGCGACAACACUCUUCUCCGCACCCUCCAGGCCCGCUACCACCUAAAGGCUAUCGGUGCUCACUUGUUCCGUACCCAAUGGGAUGACACGACUCUGGAGGUCAUGAAGGAGAUUGGCUUCAAUGGAGCAGAUAUCGAGCUGCGCCGCAAGAGGGUCGAGCCUCUGCCUUAUAAGAGACGUAACCCCUCUUCUUUCCGCUAA